GAAUUUAAUGAAUUAAAUAUUUCCAAUAGAAAUCCAAAUAUAAAAAGAGCUGGUUCACAGCUUUCAAAUAAAAAAAUUUUGACGUGAUUUGUAAUUAUCUUAAAUUAUUCCGGUUUUUUUUUUGUAACACACUGUAUAUUGUCGAUCUUUUUGUUUUGUACAGCAUUUUUUUUCUGUAACUAUAUAAUUCCUUUUUAUCCUUAUUAAUAAUAAAAGUAUUUAAGUAAAGUCUCAGUUUUUUUACGAAUUAAUUUUCUAUCAAAAUUUUUAAUCAUAAAAAUUAGUUACAUUAAUAGAAAAAUAAAACAAUUAGUAUUCAAAUUCAAUAAAAAAGAAAUGAAUAAGGAUAAUUAUAAAGAAAAUGAAAGUCAAGUUGAAUCUGAACUUGAUAAAUUAAAUAUCUCUGACAAUGAUUCAAGUUCGGUAAAUAUCAACCAUAAAAAUUGUUAUAAACCAGAAGAUAAUAAAUUAUGGUGUAAAGAAUGUGUUCCUCGUUGUAUAAUUGAAGGAUGGACCAGUGGGAAUAAUGAUAUUGAUGAAUUUAUCAAGGAUACAAUUUAUAAUACAAAAUAUUCUGAUGAUGAUGAUUAUUAUUAUCCAUUUUUUCUUGAAUGGGUACCAUUUGAUAGAUUUAAAGAUGUAAAACAAAUUGGCGAAGGGGGAUUUGCCAAAGUUUACUCUGCAACAUGGAUUGACGGUAAAGCAGAAUAUAAAAGACAAAAUGAUGAAAGUUGGAAAAAAGAAGAACCCAAACCUAUAAAAGUAGCUUUGAAAAAAUUAAAUGAUUCACAAAAUAUUUCUGCUAAUUAUUUAAAUGAGAUUAAAACACUUUGGAUUAUUUAUUUUAAUGAUAGUAAUAAUUAUUUAAAUUUUUAUGGAAUAACUAAAGAUACAAAAACUGGGGAAUUUAUGAUGAUUAUACAAUUAGCAGAUCAAGGAAAUUUGAGAAGUAUUCUUUCAAGUAAUUUUAAUAAUAUUUUUUGGAAUAAAAAAUUACAAAUCUUACAUAAUAUAGUACAUGACCUUAAAAAUUUACAUGAAUUGGGAUAUUUUCAUAAAGAUUUUCAUAGUGGAAAUUUAUUACAGAAUAGGGAUGAUAAUAAUGAUAAUUUAACUUAUGUGUCAGAUUUUGGAUUAUCAGGGCAAUUAAAUGAACAAAGAUCAGAUGACAAAAUAUGUGGAGUAUUACCAUACAUUGCUCCAGAAGUUUUAAAUGGAGAACCAUAUACAUUCUCUUCUGAUGUCUAUAGUUUUGGUAUAAUUAUGACAGAAUUAUCAUUUGGAAAAACUCCUUUUUAUAAUAGAAAACAUGAUAUUAGCUUAGUAUUAGAAAUAUGUAAUGGAAUCAGACCUGAAUUUGGAAAGGGAACUCCUGAAAUUUAUAAAAAAUUAGCAUAUAGAUGUAUGAGUGCUAUUCCAAAUCAAAGACCAACAGCAGAUGAAUUAUAUGACAUAUUAGUAAUUUGGUGGAAUGCUUCAAAUGGUAAUUAUCAAAAUGAAGAAAAAUUUGGUGAUAAAGUAAAGGAAAUUAAAGCUAUUUUUGAUGAAGCUAAUAAAGAAAUACCAAAUAUUUCAACUUCAUAUGAAAAAAUUCCUGAUGCAAUAUACACUAGUAGAGUAUUCACAUUUAGUAAUUUGCCAAAACCUGUUAAUUCAUCUAUAAUUACUUCAUAUCUUGAAGAUGAAGAAGAUAAUAAAGAUUGUCAAGAUUCUAAAUUAUUUGAUUUAGAGGUUCCUAGUAAUUAAAUAUAUUUAAGAUAAGAAACAGUAUUU